CGGCGGCGCGACGGGCGGCGGCGCGGGCGGGACGGAGAAAGCGACGGGCGGCGGUGGACGCGCGCGCGGUGCGGCGGACGCGCGAUCGAACGGGGGAGAGGGGGAGGGUGACGGUGGAGACGACGACGAGGAGGGGGAGGCGUACGAGGACGAGGAGGAUGAUUACGACGAGGACGACGAUUUCGACGACGACGCGGAGACGGAGGACGACGACGACGAGGACGACGACGACGACGACGACGACGACGACGACGACGACGACGACGACGAGGACGACGAUAUGCAUGAUGAGGAUGACAUGGAUGAAUUUCAAGACGCGAUCGAUCGGGACGACCCCGAGGCUGGUUUACGAGCGCUCUUGCGGCGGUUGGGCAACGCCGCCGCCGCCGCGGGCGGGGGAGGAAUGUUCCGUCCUGGAUCGAGCGGUAAACUGAAAGAAAUUCUGCACGGUUUGAGACAAAUGCACGAUCCAUCGGCGCAGAUGGCGGCGCUCAGCGAGCUGAACGAGCUGUUAGUGAUCUCGGGAGAAGAGUUGAUGAUGAGCAUGUCGCUCGACGCCUUCGUCCCGACUCUGGUGGAACUGAUGCAGAUGGAGUACAUGCCGGACAUUAUGCUCCUCGCUGCGCGAGCGCUGACGACGAUGGCGGAUGUGAUGCCUCCCUCGAGAGGCGCGAUCGUUCACCACGGCGCUCUGCCCCAGUUUUGUCAACGUUUGCUCACCAUUGAGUACAUCGAUCUCGCCGAGCAAUCCUUGCAGGCGUUGGAAAAGUUGAGUCAGGAAUAUGGCGCCGAGUGCGCGCGUCAGGGCGCUCUCACCGCCUGCUUGUCGUAUUUGGACUUUUUCUCAAUCGGAAUGCAGCGCGUGAGCCUGCAGACGGCGGCGAACAUCUGUCGCCAGCUUCCGAGCUCGGCUCUCGACGGGGCGAGCGACACCGCGCCCAUUCUGACGAACCUUUUGUCUCACGACGAUCCGCGCCUCGUCGACUGCGCGUGCGUGUGCUUGACCAAUUUAGCGGCGAAGAUGGCUAAAGAUUCCGACGAGCGGAUCGUCGCUCUGUGCCAGGGAGACCUGGUGACGAACGUGAUGAACCUCAUCUCUCCGCGCGCCGGGCGAUCGGUGAGUCCGGCGACGCACCACUUGCUCAUCAAGCUCUUGAAUAUUUGUGCGCGACACAAUCCUGAGGUCUCACUCGAGCUCCUUAGGAAGGAUUUGCCAGAAACCCUGUGCGUGGCGCUCUCCGGUUGCAAGGUUCUCACCAUGGCGAACAGUGGCGCGUCCCCGGCGAGUAGCGGCUUGGCGUCGCCCAUAGUCACGUCAGAGCAACUGCUCGAAGUCGCGACGCUUGCUGAUGCGUUGUUACCCAUCGUCACUCGAUCACCGUCGAUGAAAAGCAAGUCAAAGUUCUCAAACAACGUCCCGCUGUUGACGAAGCAAGAACCGGAAUUGAUGGUCAAGUACGCGAAUCAUCUGACAAGUGUCUUGAUGCAAGCGGUGGAUUCGAGCGUCCCGCAGACUGUCAAAAUGAAGUGCCUGUCAGCGCUCACCAAGUGGACCCAGCUUUCGUCGGAGGAAUCAUUCAAGAUGAUUUUGGAGACGACGUCCUUCGCUGCGUUUUGUGCCGCUCAGCUCUCAUCUAAGGACGCGCAAAGGAUCGUGGGGUGCUUGGAUUUGAUAGAAUUUGGGAUGAUGAAAAAGAACGUUGACCUGGCAAAGUUACUCCGAAAGGAAGGUGCCGUCCACGCGCUGAAGAAACUUUCCGAGGAGUUCAACGCGUUGCCAUCUACUGUGGCUUCAACAUCCUCGGUUAAACGUCCGAGCGACGCGACCAAGACACCGGCUGACCAGGUUCCGGCACUCGGCGGCGGCUCGCACGGUAUCGCCGUGCGUGCAGCAGCGAUGAUGACGGAUGGUCCGGAGUAUCGUGAAGCCUUGUCGCGAGCCGACAAGCUUUAUACUAAGAAAUUCGUCUUGUCGGGGCACCCGGUUGACGCUGAAGAUCCCAGCGUUGAGCGUUUGCGAAGAGCGAGUGCGUCUCUACGAAUGAAUGGCGACGUGAAGGCUGCCGCUGAAUUUUUGGAGUCUGUUUCCGACGCCAGCACUUUCGAGAUUUUAGAGAGCGAUGCAAUCACGGUGCUCAAAGAGUUUCUCCUGCCGAAAGAGUGGCGAGACUCUCACGCUCUCACUCAAAGGUACGCGACGUUGAUCAAAGCCACCAGCCACACGAAGAAUUCAUCCGUGUUCUCGAGCUUGGUGAGACGCCUCUCGGACGCCUUGGCGUCAGCCGAAGACUUGUCCAUCGCGGUGACAUCGAUACAACCGGUCCAAGCUCGUCGAGGUCGCGACAACUCAGCGGAUGAUGCGAAUCUCGCUGGCCUAGUGCGACCGUUUAAAGUGCGAUUCAAGCGUGAGAGCAACGGCGCCCAAGGUCUGGCUGACUAUUCCAACAACAUCGUUUUGGUCGAGCCGUUUGCUACGCUGAGCGCCAUUGAAGAUUUUUUGUAUCCGCGCGUGAACAAACCCGCCGUGGCUCCUCGCAGGUCGUCGCGAUUGUCUCCGCCGGCAGGUGUGCAACACGACGACGAGGAUGACGACGAAGAGGAUGAGGAUGAACACAUGAGCGACGAUGACGAUGACGAAGUGUUCGGAGACGAUGGCGAAGGUGAUGGGCGAGACCUGGACUUGACGAACGAGGACAUUUCGCCAGAAGAUGCGUUAGAUGAAUAUGAGGAUGAUCACGUAGGUAGAUCAGACUCGUUCGCCGCUCGCGCGGCCGCUGCAAAUGACACUAGGAAGCUUGUCUUUUCUGUGAACGGUGUCGUACUGAACUCAUCGACCACGGUGCUGCAAGCUGUCGCCGCCAUCGCUCGUUACGAGGGGAUACCCAUGUCCGAGCAGAAUUGGGAGAAGGCCAAUACCAUCAUGUAUAGGGCUGUGAAGCCCUCGGACGUGGACCCGAGUCCAUUGCAGCUCGGUGGCGUCCAAGAUGUUCCCAAGGACGAGUUGGACAAGAUCACCGAGGCAGUCGCAGAACUUGGGAACCGAGACGUGAGAGCGGCGUUGGGUUCUUUUGUGCCAGCUCUCAGUGACGCGGUGAAAGAUGCCGUCGCGAACGAGAAAUCUUCAGCACAGUUCAACGACUUACUGAGCAUCUUAUUCGUGCUGCAUGAAAUCGGAGUUUCUGCGUCUCAAAUCUUGCUCUUAGACGGACGCGACGAGCAAGUCACCGCCGCUCGCAGCGUCUCUCUGCCAAAGGAAUCUUUCGUUCACGGUAAGCUCACCGGAAAGCUUACGCGACAGCUCCAAGACACUAUCACUCUUUGUAGCUCCACAACGCCCACUUGGUGCACGGCGCUCGCCAGCACGUGCCCGUGGUUGUUCCCUUUUGAGCUGCGGCUCAAGAUGUUCAAGUGUGUGUCGUUUUCUCUGUCUCGCAUGCUCCACCACCUUCACGGGGACGGCAGCGAUGCGGGAGCGGUGACGACGGAUGGUGGGCGAGAGAUCAGAAUUGGACGUCUUCAGCGGCAAAAGGUCAGAGUGAAUCGCAACCAGAUCUUUGAGAGCGCGAGAAAAGUUUUCGACAUUCCCAACACGUUGAAGAUGGUGCUCGAGGUUGAAUUCUUCGAGGAGGUCGGCACUGGCACCGGUCCGACGCUCGAGUUUUUUACACUGCUUUCGAAACAGUUCAAGCGACGUAAAUUGCAGCUCUGGCGCGAUAGCGGCAUCGCAAAUGAAGAGGACCUCGUCGUGGCACCUCACGGUCUUUUCCCUGCUCCGAUGGCGGCUCCGCGAAUGUCUGGUAAGACCCACGCAAGUCGCAUCAAAAACUUCAAGCUUCUCGGACAAGCGAUCGGCAAAGUCUUGCAGGACGGUCGUAUGCUAGAUCUUCCACUCGCACCCGCGUUUUACCGCGCCUUAUUGGGCAGAUGUCUCGGUCUUCAGGAUCUUAUUGAGAUUGAUCCAGGGCUCGGGAACACGUUGCGGCGUCUUGACGCUGCGGCGAACGAAAUCGAGAACAUGAAGCGUCAAGGCUUACCGGAGAGCACGUGGAAGCAAGUUACCGUGGAUGGCGCUAACAUUGAGGAUUUGUGUCUUACUUUCGUCGUUCCAGGCUCAUCGGUGGACCUCAUCAAGGGUGGGUCUGACAUCGUCGUUAACGAAGUCAACUUGCGUGAAUACGUUGACGCCGUCGUCGAGGCAUGCGUUGGAUCUGGCGUUGCGUCGUAUUUCGAGUCUAUUCAAGCCGGCUUGGAGGAAGUUUGUCCCGUCGCCAGGCUGAGAAUGUUCGACGAGGCAGAGCUUGAUACUCUGAUUUGCGGUCAGGGCGAGGCCUGGACGCCUGAGUUGCUCACUGACUGCAUCACUUUCGACCACGGAUACAACGCGCAGUCUCCGCCGAUCAAGAAUUUCUGCGACAUUUUGAGUUCAUUCACACCCGAGCAGCAACGUGCGUUCAUGCGGUUCGUCACCGGUGCCCCGAGACUUCCUCCCGGAGGCUUGGCUGCGCUUCAACCUCGUCUUACAGUUGUCUGUAAACAACCGGCCCCUGCGGUUGGUUCAUCAUCAGACUCAGGUAACCUUUCGGCUGGAACGCCGCUCGCGGAUGGCGACUUACCCUCGGCGAUGACGUGUGCGAGUUACCUGAAGCUCCCGCCGUACUCCUGCAAAGAAGUCAUGGCGGAACGACUCAGGUACGCGAUGUGCGAGGGGCAAGGAUCCUUUGACCUCUCAUAA